AUGUCAUACUAUUUCACUAUCCUCUCGCCAACAGACACGCCGAUCUUCAAUAUUGCAUUUGGCACAUCAAAAGGUGGUGGCGAUGGCAUUGCGCGGUUUCGCUUUCCGGACACAGCACAGUACAUGAACCAGUUCAUCAUCCAUUCCAGUCUGGACAUUGUAGAGGAAGCUCAAUGGACUAAUGGUGGAAUGUAUCUCAAGCACAUCGACACCUAUCCCCCCGCCGCAGCCUACAUCUCCGCCUUCCUGACGCCGAGCGGCGCUCGCUUCCUUCUCCUCCACCAACCUCCACAACUACCAAACUCUGGCAGCAGCGGGGGACUCGGAUCAUCGUCUUUGCUAGGAUCAUCCGGCAAUCUAGUUGCACGAGGCUCAACAAGCUCCAUCGCGGCGAACCCAACCUCUCCGCAGACUGAGGAGGCCGUACGCCAGUUCAUGACAGAAGUCUACGAGAGCUAUGUAAAGACGGCCAUGAGUCCGUUCUACAAGCAGGGUAUGGAGAUCCGGAGCCCCGUGUUCAGGACGAGAGUCACUGCGGCGGGGAAGAAGUGGCUUUGA